AUGGAACCGACGGAACCGACGGAACCGAGACCUUCAUUUCAGACUUGGCUCGUGGAGCCCGACGGAGCUGAACUGCCCGAAGCCGUCCAGAAGCACGCUGCUCCAGUUCUGAUCCGGGUCCAGAACCAGGACCACGGCCGACCCCCUGAAUCGGGAGUGAAAGGACCCCUGAUCCUUCACACACCCUCUCCCGUCUGGGGCUCCUCUCCCUCGGACCGCUGGCGGAGGGAGUGGGCGAGACGAGUGGAUCUGGGUCAGGGGGAACGCGGGACCACGCUGAACCGGGGCAGGGUAUUAAUAGGGGGCCUGCUCCACCAGAACAUGUGGCGGCGAGGGGGCCGCGGAGGGUUCGAUGCGUACUUCAUGUCCCGCACUCUGGAAAACAACCGGAGGAACGUUUGGUUCGCCGAGUACUGGGAGGAGAACUUCAACUGCAAGCUCAUGAGCUCCUCCAAGAGGGACGAGAGCAGCCGCAAGUGUACCGCCCCCCCCCCCCCCCAGAUCGAGGACAUGCAGUGGCCCCGAGGGGAGCUGCAGAUCCCCAGCUCGGUGUGCAGCCUGCCCUGCAAGGCGGGCGAGAGGAAGAAGGUGGUGAAGGGCAUGCCCUGCUGCUGGCACUGCGAGCCCUGCGACGGCUACCAGUACCAGCACGACGAGUUCACCUGCAAGCUGUGCUCCUACAGCAUGCGGCCCAACCCCAACCUCACCGCCUGCCAGCCCAUCCCCGUCGUCCAGCUGGAGUGGAGCUCGCCCUGGGCAGUGAUCCCCGUGUUCCUCGCCGGCGGCAUCGUGGCCACCGUGUUCGUGGUGGCCACCUUCGUGCGCCACAACGACACGCCCAUCGUGCGCGCGUCGGGGCGGGAGCUGAGCUACGUGCUGCUGACGGGCAUCUUCCUGUGCUACGUCAUCACCUUCCUGAUGAUCGCCGAGCCCGACGUGGGCGUGUGCUCCAUGCGCCGCGUCUUCCUGGGGCUGGGCAUGUGCAUCAGCUACGCCGCGCUGCUCACCAAGACCAACCGCAUCCACCGCAUCUUCGAGCAGGGCAAGAAGUCGGUGACGGCGCCGCGGCUGAUCAGCCCCACCUCCCAGCUGGCCAUCACCUCCAGCCUGAUCUCCGCCCAGCUGCUGGGGGUGUUCAUCUGGUUCGGCGUGGACCCGCCCAACACCGUCAUAGACUACGACGAGCAGAAGACCAUCGAUCCGAGUCUGGCGAGGGGGGUGUUGAAGUGCGACAUCACGGAUCUGCAGAUCAUCUGCUCGCUGGGAUACAGCAUCCUGCUGAUGGUGACGUGUACGAUCUACGCCAUCAAGACCCGCGGCGUGCCGGAGAACUUUAACGAGGCCAAGCCCAUCGGCUUCACCAUGUACACCACCUGCAUCGUCUGGCUGGCCUUCAUCCCCAUCUUCUUCGGCACGGCGCAGUCUGCGGAGAAGCUGUACAUCCAGACCACCACGCUGACCAUCUCCAUGAACCUGAGUGCCUCGGUGGCGCUCGGCAUGCUCUACAUGCCCAAGGUGUACGUGAUCCUGCUGCACCCGGAGCUCAACGUGCAGAAGAGGAAGCGCUCCUUCAAGGCCGUGGCCACCGCCGCCACCAUGUCCUCCCGCCUCUCCCACAAGGCCAGCGACCGGCCCAACGGCGAGGCCAAGACGGAGCUGUGUGACAACGCCGACCCCAACAGUCCAGCUGCAAAGAAAACAUACGUGAGCUACAACGACCUUGCGAUCUGACAGCGUCCUUCCAUCAGACAGAGAGACCGAGCGACAUAAAGGGAGAGGGGAGAGAGAGCGAGAGAGAGAGCUUGAUGGAGAAGAGAUAGAUGGAAAACAAAGUGACGAAAACAGUCGCUACCAUCACCACCACGAAAGUUGACCCCAAGCAAAGCGGUGAGGGUGGCUUCCUGUUUCCUGUCUCAUGUGCUUCACUGCCCACCUCACAUUCAAGGAUGCCCGGCCAAUCAGCAGCCUGCUACAGCAAAAGGUCCGGGGGAAAUUUUCCUUUGACCACACCGUGUCAACUUUGUGCGAUUGGGCCUCGAAAAGAAAGAGUAGGACUUAAAAAGAAGAAUACAUUGAAAACAAAACAACUAAACGAUAUCAAAGCUUGGGGUUGGAAGGACAAAGGCCAAUUAUUUUCUCAGUGUAAUUCAAACACGCGUGGUUACCUUUUUUGUGGCAGUUGGGCCCAGGCAGCAUGUUUGUGCACCAUUGGAUUUAGACCACUCCUGGGUUGUGCUCGAGAACUGAGGCCCUUCCACGGUUUAUCACAGGGGGACCCCCCCCCCUCUGAGCACUUCAAGACGGGCUUAUCCCCACUGCCAAGGUCAUACAGCAGUCAGCUCAGCAUGCCAUCACUGUAGAAGGAUUGAGUGCACCCGCGGUACAGGACUUUGACCAGCGGGGGCGCCAAAGCCUCUCAUCUUUAAAUGUACCUCCAAACUGCAAGUUUUUUCCCAACCCUUUUCCCCCCUCUGUCUCUGUGUCGUCUGUUCUGGCGUAGGUGUUGGCCUCCUUUCUCUGAUUGUUGACAGUUUUCUAACACGAUGAUGAUGAGUAUGAUGUCCAUGAUGAUAAAUCUAUUUUUGGUUGUUUCUUUUUUUGGUUUUCCUUGCUUCUCGGAUGCACUUUUUUUUUAGAUUGAAGCCAUAUUCUUCUGUUUGAGAGAAGCUAAGAUUUCUGGUAGUCUGUCUCCCAAGGUUGUGCGGUUAGUUUAGUUAGAAAUUGUUUUCAAAAUAAAAGUAUGAAGUUUGGAACUUAAACCUCUCUUUGUAAUAUCUCACCCUCGUUCUGUGCAAGUUCAUCUUGGUCCUCUAAACUAAGACUGAACCACAGACAGAAAUGCAAACAGUGAGCUUUUGAUUCCAGGAGCUCAGAGAAACAGGAUCCAUCUAAUCCUGUUCUGUUCCUUUAAACCUUUGAUUCAUUUCCAGUCGGUUGUUUGUUGUCCAAUUGGUAAAAAACCGCCCUCCCAUUCUGAAGUGCGUGUGUGUUCGUCCUCAUAUUCACACGCAGAAAUUCUUUCAGUAUUUUGUCCGUGCACCAUGAUGAUGAAGAUGAAGACGAUGACGGAGAAGACGACCCUUUACUGUGUUUAAACAGACGAGACCGGGCCCCCCGUUCGACCCAGGGGCCCCGAUGGUGGUUAUGGUUGUAAAUGCAUGCCUGAUAUGUUUGAUGUUGAAACUGAAUCCGAAAAAAACAUAAAAAGAAAAAAGAAUAUAAAAUAAAGGAUUGCUGCGAACUCGUCACAACAUGGUAACUACCACCUCUCCUCUGGUCCGUCCUGAUCUAUACACUGUUGGUUUUCUGUGUUUGUUGGUUUUUUAAAAGCUUUUCGUUUGGGUUAAAUGUGGCAGUUGGGAUAUAUUUUUCUCACUUGGCAGAAUAUGGCUUCGGUUGGUCUUGGGAGUCUUUUACCGUCCGCAGCGGAAAAUCAAGAAGAAGUAGAAGAAAAAACCGAACCGAACUACGAACGAUGGAUCUAUAUUUAAAAGCAAAACAGAAAAAAAAGACAAAGCAUGUAUGUUUUCUACUGUUUGUACUCAGUAUCUCCAUGUUGCCCUUGCUGCUUCUGUGCCAAUGCUGUGCGAGAGGUCAGUGACCCCUCAUGCAAGUGUUCUGUGGUGUUGUCCAAGAAUGUAUUAACAUCAAAAUAAAAAGAUUUGGUUAUUUUUUUUAUA